UCCCCGCGCUGACGUCGGGCCCCUCUGAAAAACUCCGGGCGGCGCGGAGGCGGCUCCAGCUGCUGCCGCCGCGGCUGCUUCUCCUCCUUCUGCUCCUCAGCUCGGCCGCCGCGAAGAUGGUGGCGGCGGCGGGGGCGCUGGCGGCGGGGGCGCCGGGGGCGGCAGCGGCGGCGGCGGGGGGCGCGGGCCCCCGGUGGGGCGGCUGCGGCUGCGGCUGCGGCGGGGGCGGCGCUGGGGGCCGCCGGCUGGCGCGGCGCUCGCACUCGGCGCUGCUGCUGGCGCUGAGCGUGUUGCUGGUGCAGACGCUGGUCGUGUGGAAUUUCAGCAGCCUGGAGGAGGACGCCGGAGGCGGAGGAGGCGGCGGCGCGGGAGGAGGCGGCGGCGGCCGCGGGCGGCAGCAGCAGCAGCAGCGGCGAGGGGCCGGCCGAGAGAAGCGCGCCCUGGGCGGCAGCAGCAGCAGCAGCAGCAGCAACCACAGCGGCAGCAGGACGCCUCCGCCGCGCAAGGGACCCGGCGCCUUCCAGCCCGGCAUGGACCAGCCUCUCAGUCCUUACAAAGCCCUGGAAACCCAGGAUGGCUAUUUCCCGCACCGACCGAAGGAGAAAAUGCGAACAGACAGCAAUAACGAAAACUCGGUUCCGAAGGACUUUGAAAACGUCGAUAACAGCAACUUUUCUCCCAGGACGCAGAAGCAGAAGCACCAGCCAGAACUGGGGCAGAAGCUUGUCGGCAAGCAGAAAGAGCCUUUGAGGAGGAGAGAGGGGCAGGAGGGGAAGGGGAAGGAGAAUGCUGCCGUCCUCCUGGGGAAGCACGUGAACGAGAUCUUGCCCCACGGCGACCCCAAGAGCAGCAGCAGCAGCCGCCGGGGGAGAGAGGGGCACCGGCCUCCCCGGCAGCAGCCCUUGAAGAAGGGCGGGAGCAGCUCGCCGGAACCGCAGCCCACGUGUGAGCUCUCGGGCAAGGAGGCCCUCUCCGCGCUGUCCCGGGCCAAGUCGAAGCCCUGCCGGCAGGAGAUUGCCGAGGUCUUCUGUCAGCACAAGCAGGGGAAGCUGAUGCCGGAGCAAGUGGCCCGCUUCUGCCCCCUGGAAGGAAAAGCCAGCAACAAUCUCCAGUGGGACGAGGACUCCGUCGAGUACCUGCCAGCCAACCCCGUCAGGAUCGCCUUUGUCUUGGUGGUUCAUGGCCGAGCAUCUCGGCAGCUGCAGCGCAUGUUUAAGGCUAUUUACCACCGAGACCAUUUUUAUUACAUCCAUGUGGACAAGCGGUCCAACUACCUCCACCGGCAAGUGCUCCAGUUUGCAAGCCAGUACCCCAACGUGCGGGUCUCCUCCUGGCGCAUGGCCACCAUCUGGGGAGGAGCGAGCCUUCUGGCCACGUAUCUCCAGAGCAUGCGGGACUUAAUGGAAAUGCAGGACUGGCCGUGGGACUUCUUCAUCAACCUCAGCGCUGCUGACUAUCCCAUCAGGACAAAUGACCAGCUUGUUGCAUUUCUGUCCAGAUAUCGAGAUAUGAACUUCUUGAAGUCACAUGGAAGAGAUAAUGCAAGAUUUAUUAGAAAACAAGGUCUGGAUAGGCUUUUCCUAGAAUGCGACACCCACAUGUGGCGCCUUGGAGACCGGAAGAUUCCAGAAGGAAUCACAGUCGAUGGCGGCUCAGAUUGGUUUCUGCUGAACAGGAAGUUUGUGGAGUACAUCACAUUUUCAAACGAUGAACUGGUGACGAAGAUGAAGAGGUUCUAUUCCUAUACGUUGCUUCCAGCUGAGUCCUUCUUUCAUACCGUCCUGGAGAACAGCCCCCACUGCGGCUCCCUGGUGGACAACAACCUGCGCAUCACCAACUGGAACCGGAAGCUGGGCUGCAAAUGCCAGUACAAGAACAUCGUCGACUGGUGCGGCUGCUCCCCCAACGACUUCAAGCCGGCAGAUUUCCACCGCUUCCAGCAGACCGCACGGCCGACCUUCUUCGCACGCAAGUUUGAAGCUGUGGUGAAUCAGGAGAUCAUUAGCCAGCUGGACGACUACCUGUACGGCCACUACCCCUCCGGCACACCAGGCCUCCGCUCCUACUGGGAGAACGUCUACGAUGAGCCAGACAGCGCCCACAGCCUCAGCGACGUGAUGCUGACCCUCUUCCACGCCUUCUCCCGCUUGGGUCUCAGGAGAGCAGAGGCUUCGUUCCACACCGACGGCGAUCAUAACGGCUGCCGGUACUAUCCGAUGGGCCACCCGGUCUCCGUCCACCUCUACUUCCUGGCUGACCAUUUCCAGGGCUUCCUGGUCAAGCAUCACGCUACCAAUCUGGCUGCCAGCAAGCUGGAGACCUUAGAAACGUGGCUGAUGCCCCGGAAGGUGUUCAAGGUGGCCAGCCCGCCCAGUGACUUUGGGAGGCUGCAGUUCUCAGAGAUUGGGACGGAGUGGGACGCCAAAGAGAGGCUCUUCCGGAACUUCGGCGGGCUCCUGGGGCCGAUGGACGAGCCCGUUGGCAUGCAGAAGUGGGGCAAGGGCCCCAACGUCACGGUGACCGUCAUCUGGGUGGACCCCGUCAACGUCAUUGCCGCCACCUACGACAUCCUCAUCGAGUCCAGUGCGGAGUUCACUCACUACAAGCCCCCGCUGAACCUGCCCCUCCGGCCCGGAAUCUGGACCGUCAAAAUCCUGCAUCACUGGGUGCCGGUGGCCGAAACCAAGUUCCUGGUCUCUCCGCUGACGUUUUCCAACAGGCAAGCCAUCAGACGAGAAGAAGCCUCGCGCCUGCACGGCGGCCCGCCCAAGAACGCCUACAUGGAGCAGAGCUUCCAGGGCUUGAACCCCGUCCUGAACAUCCCCCUCCGUGCCGCACACGUGGAGCAGGCCCAGAGGAACGCAGGGCUCACCGGCGCCGAGCUGGAGGACUGGGUGGACAGCUUGGCGGGCGGCCUGUGGGCGGCCGUGGAUGUCUGCAGCGCCGGCCCCACCUCCUGCCCGGUCCUGCAGGCCUGUCGCCAGACCUCCUGGAGCUCCCUCAGCCCCGACCCCAAGUCCGAGUUGGGCCCCGUGAAGCCAGACGGGCGCUUGAGGUAGCACCUCCUCCGGGGCUGGGAAGGGGGUCUCCCUCUGGGCCCUGCCCCCCUCCUGGCCGGCUCCCUUCCAGGGGAGCUCCGGGUCGUGCUUUCCGUGGUGUGUUCCCUGCAACAGGGAUUCCCGGGUGUCGUUGAUCACAACUCCCAUCAGCCCCCACCACAGAGGCCAAAGGGAAGAUGGGAGUGGUAGUCUAGUAACCUCAGGGGGCCAGUGCUCCCUGCAAGAGGGACCCCCAGGUGUGGCUGGCUACACGUCCCAUAUUCCCCCACCAAAAGCUGUUGCACCUGGGGAUGCUGGGAGUUGCAGUCCACAACCUCUGGGAAUGCCUGUCUCAGCGGACGCUGGUGCUGAACAUCCUCCCAGCGAUUUCAUUUACAGGGUUCCAGGUGGGGCGAGAGAAACCAGUUCAAAACGAUGUUUGAGCUUCUAGCACGGAGGUAGCUUUGAACGACAGAUUUUUAAAACCUCAACCCCAACUGUUUGCUGUUUUAUUUUUCAUUUUUAAAAGAUGAUUGUUGUUUUUAUAAAGAGGGUGUUUCCAAAAUAGUGGCAAAAUGGCUGCGAAUCCUGUCGGUUGAAGGUGCCCUUAGCUUCCCAAAUCUCCUUGUGAAAACCUGGCAAAAGCCUUGACUUCAUCAUCACUAGUCCAAGCAAACUUCCACUGUUGCAGGUACUUUGCCCUCCACAUUCUGCCCUCUCGCUUUCUGUGUGUUGGUUCCUUUCUUUUUCACGUCACGGCGCCAAUGCAGCCCACUGAUUUUCACAAGGGUGCAAUAUUUGACCUUUCAGCACAUCUAGGGGUUCCCAACAAGAGGUACCGGCUCCCCAUGGGGAAGGGGAAGGGUCCCCAAGGGGUACUCGGAGCACAUGAUUUAUUCCCCACCUGAGGAUCGCCAGCUUGAAGCUGGGACGUCCUCAGCAAUGUGUCCGCUGCAGAAGGAGAGCAGAGAAGGGCGAAGACACACACACCUGCUCCCGAUUGGCUGGCUGCGUGCUGAAGCUCAGUGUAGCUCUCCACCCCCCCCCCCACCCACCCACCCCGGCCUGACUGAGAGGCUUCAGGAAAUGAGUACUCCCGUUGAGACUUGAUAGGUGAAGUAAAUUUGUCCCAUUAAUUUCAGUGGGAAUACUUAUGGGUAACAUAAUCUAGAUGUAAGCCAGUGACUGGAGUAGCCUGUUUCAGAAUUGUAGCAUUUAAGUAUGUGUGUAUGUACACGCAUGCACACACACACACCAUCUCUGUGGGUUGCUUGAGCUGAAGGCUUUUGACAGAAGGGAUGCACUUUUGUUUUGAAAGUUUUGGGAAGCUCUGAACUAGUGGAUUUAGGUGGAGGUAUCUCAAGAAGGUUUUGGACAGAGGUGGUCCUGGUCAGGUGUCUUUGGGGAGGAAACGUAACCGUGCACACCCGUUUCGUUAAAAAGCAGACACAGGACCUCUGCCAUUUUCCCCUUUUGGUGUCUUGGUUGAGAUGUCCCGAGUCUCGAUGUAGCUCCAAACCACAAGGAGAAACUGUGGCAGGUUGGCCGUUUUUCAGUGGCCAGAGAAGUCAAGCCACCCAGGUCUCUCUGCUGCCGCUGCUGCCCACUUCAUGCCCCCAAGUAUAAGCGCCUGAAGCCGUGCGUUGGAGAGGCCAGCCCAGGCAGCCCGGAAGGAAGUGCCGAGUGCCCUUGUCCAUGACGUGGCGGGGACUGCGGCACUCCAGCUCCCGGGGGCCAGCUGGUCUUCCUCACCGCUGUGUUUGGUUUCAGGCUGCUCCAGGGUCAGCCGUGCUGGCAUGAAGGCCGGCCCGGAAAUGCCCCGCUGGCCCCAAGAAGGCCGACUAGGAAGAGGGAGGCGCUUCGGUAUUUAUUUGUGUCUUAGUCAAUGACUAAUUUGUAGGUGCUGCUUGUGCAGCUUGGAGAUUAUCUUAUCUUACUAACUAAAGAUGCCUUGAUUAAGAAAAGGCCUUUUAUAUACAUAUAGAGACACACACACACACACACACACAAAUCCAAUAUAUAUUUCUCCCCCUUCCCUUUUUUUCUGCCUUCCUGAUUUCCAUUCUCAACAGUUGUGACUAUCACAAAAAUAAUGGAGACCUUAUUAAAAAAUUACUGGAGACCGUUUUCUAUUAAAAAUUCCUUUUAAAAAAAAAAACAUUUUAAAAAUUUACUGGAGACUCCAGUUGUGCAAAGAAGCAUUCCAUCCAACAUGGUCCGUCCCCUCCGCCCAUGAGCCUGUGGGGCUGGCUGGUGGCAUCUGUGGGGACAAACGCUCCUUAUGGGUUUUGAGCAGGCCUCUAGAGAGAGCGUUGUCAGCCUUUCCGCCUCCUUUGUGUUCUCACGUUCUUCUUCCCCCCCGGACCAUCCGGCCUACACAGUGGCCAAAUGUGCAGUGGCAUUUCAAAUGCUUUUUAAAGUUUUAAAAACACAACUCCUCCUAUAAAAUUUCAUCAGGGUUGCCAGAGGAAUGGAAAUGGAAAUGGGCAGGAAUGUCCUCGAAAGGCGAUUCCGUGAAGAGAGGACAACCAAGUGAUCGUGGUGACCAGGACCAUAAGCCUUUGCUCUGUGCAAUCUGGUUCUAGUCUUCAUUUUACCCCAGUUCUUUGGGGGCAGUGAUAAAGAAGGGGUGAGAACACAGAGCAAGCCGUCUGGGCAACGAGGCUCUCGCCUCUUUUCCAUCUCUGGAGAGGCCGGGAGGUUGCCAGACAUCACCAGCAGCCUUCAUUCCCUGAGGUCCUGCUGCACAGAAUUGGUGGCCAGGAUAUCCUGGACUAGCUGCAGCAGCAUCCUGCGCGCUGAUCGCACUCUUGCAGUCUCUUAAAAUCCACCCUCCUAGGAGGCGAGACUUUUCCACGGAGAGACUUUUCCUCUUCCAUCUGGAGAAGCAUCUAGGAGAGCUGGUCUUGUGGUAGCAAUUGUGAUUUGUGCCCUUUGCUGAGCAAGGUCCACCUUGCUCAGUGGAAGAGCAUCUUCAUGUUUGCAUGGAGAAGCCUCCAGGUUCCCUCCCUGAAUAUCCAGGUAGGGCUGGGAGAGCCCCUUGCCUUGCAGCCUUGGGGAGCUGCUGCCAGUUGGUGUGGGCAGUCCUGAGCUAGAGGGACCAAGGGCCUGGCUCAGUCUUGGGCAGCUUCCUCUGCCCCAGCCUCGCCAGGAGGGCCAGGCCCACCACCAAGGAGAGCCCACAGGUUGUCCUGGAAAGGUGACGUCAGCCAUCCAGUGGGUGGCUCAGGGCAGGAACCGAUAAGGCGGAGUCCCGCGUCAAGUCCUCCUGCAAGUCAGGAUAAGUGCUGAUCCAUACAUGCCUGUUGGCUGCUCGAUGAGCCGAUGUGCCUGGAUGUGCUUCCUUGAACAACGUGGUUGAGCUGGCGUGAGGUGCGGUGCCCGUGGCCUCUGUGGCGUGUGGUCUCUGUCCAUUCCACACAUGCCGGCCGUCGCCCAGUUGUUUAUUACGAUUUCUUCUUGCUUUGGGAGGUGCUCCUCAGUGGAUGGACACCCCAGCCCAGCAGUCACGCCCCCCCUGCAGGAGCUGCCGUCCGGACGAUCCUGCAGAUCCCCUCUUGCGGCUGCUGGUGCUCUUCCGUGGAUGAGGCCCCAGCCCACCCCCCACCAAGGGGGCUGCAGUCCUUCCCCGCCAGUGAGCCCCUUGGGCUGAAUUUCCCACUUGCCAGGGCUGUGGGGACCAGACACGCGGCACGGCUGGUCUCAGACCCCCAGCGCUGUGCCCACAGCAAAGGGCUCUGCCGUCGGAACUGGGAAGCAAACGGGGCACCCACCAAAUGUUGCUUCCACACGACGCCUGCCCAUCUCCGGGAGAGCAGCGCCCCGCGCAGGGAAACCUUUGCACCGGGGGGCCGUCACUGUGCGGAGGGUCCCGGCUUCCACGUGACGGGAACCGCUGGAGGUGGCAGCAGGAGGCCUCUUCAGGGCAGCCCCCUCAGAGGCCACCAGGAGGUGGAGUCAUGGCCCCUGGGGCAGCUGCUGGGGGUGGGCGUUGUAGGCCAGCCACAUCUGGAGAGCCACGGGCUACCUGCCCCAGCCUCCAUCCAGCUGGAUUGCAUGCAGAAGGACCUCCCGGGUCCCCUCCCUGGCGGCAGCAGCGGCAUCUCCAGGUAGGGCUGCUGGGCAGCUGCUGCCAAUCAGGGUAGGCAAGAGCUGCACAAAGUUGACCUGCCUGCUGGGUUGGGACUAGAAGCCCCAUCAUCCCCAGUGGCCAAGAGUCGGGGGUGAUGGGGGUUGUAGUCCAACAUCUGGAAGGGGCCCAAGUUGAGCAGCCCUGGUGCAGGCAGUGCUGAGCGGGAGGACCCACCUCGGAGGGCUGAGUGGCAGCGCUUCGGCUCUGCUGGGGAUCCACGGGCCACUCUCCACCCCUGCUGAGUCUGUGGGUUCCAGGCUGGGGGGCUCCACCAACCCUCUGCCCCCCAGGCCGGAGCAGCAGCGGGAUUCCUCACUUGGGAUCAUGGCCGCCAUUGGUGCUUUGGGCUCCUUGACAGACGUGGGGGCUGUGAAUGCUGCCGGCCCGGCCCGGCCUCUGCUGGUGAGUCGCGUUUCCCUCCGGCGUCUCCCCCGCCUGGCUUCUUCUGCCUUCUCGGGCUCACGAGGGGCUUCCUCACUAACACUGAUAAAAGGGGGCGGGGGGCCGGGGGGAGCUGAAUGUACAGUCUAUGCAAAUCCUCUCUCUCGGUUUUGGUCAUCAAAAAGAAGGAAGACGAACCUAGAAGUCUCAGACUUGAGGCCUUGCCAGGCAAGCAGCCAGAUUCUGCACAGGUGCCUCUGAUCGCAGAGCGGUUGGUUCCCGGCUCAGGAGUUCAUUGUGCCACUUUGGUAAAUACUCCGUGACUUCUCUCUGGCUCCAUUGCGCUUAGGACCCCCGGUGGGGAAGGGGCCCGCGCCCGGGCCUCGUCGGAACAGCACCUCCGGCUUGCUGGGGAUGUGCCAGGGGAGGCCGCGGAGAGGAGGGGCGUCCAGCCGGGCUCCCAGCCCCCUGUGCGCUCCCGGGAGGGUGGCAGAAAUCGAGGGGGGGUCGUGUGCCAGCCGCCCUGUGGGUCAGCCGGGGGGGGGACAGAAGGGGAGCUGGCCGCUGCCCGCCCCCGAGAGCAGCCAGCGCACAAUAAGGCGGUUCACUUCACCACCCUCUGAUCCAGAGGGCCGUUUGGGAGCUGCCUGGCUGGGCGCGGGGGCGCCUGCUCAGCUGCUGGCCUCGAGAAGCAGCCCUGGAUGGGCUUCCUUCUAGCUGGGUGGCGGCCGAGGAGGCCCUGGCUCUCGAGGGAAGGCGGCGUUCCCGGCUGUGGGUUGAGAUUUCCCUGUGGGUAAAUCGGUAGACCUGCACAGUUCCCAACCCGACUUCCUUGCCAUCUGGCAUCCUAUGAGUUGCCCCUUUAGAAAAGCCUUAAGUUCCUCCAUCUUUUCUUUAGAUGUGGCCUUAAACUGUGUUUGGGAGUUCUUGCUGUUGUGUGUUCUUUCUCUCUCUCUCGACUAUUGUCAGCGUAUUAAAAAGGCACCUUGAGACUUC